CGAUCAAAUAAGCAGCAGCAACAUCAAAAGCAACAAGCCUCCUUUCAACUUCUUUGUUGACGACGAUGGACCUCCUUGGUAACUACAGUAGCUCGGAUGAUGACGACGAUGCUGCCAGCGAUCGCAGUAUCUCUCCUCCUACACCGAUAAAAAAGACAAAUGUCCACGAAGGCGCUCUUCCUCCUGCCAUGCCCAGUCCCAAAAAGCUCACCGUGCAAAAGAACCCCGCUGCAGCUGCUGGUGUUGCGAAUAAGACAGGCAAGGCGAAGACGAAUAGUCGAGGGAAAAAGUUGAUUUCGCUUCAUAGUGUUCUUCCCACACACAUUCUAGAACAGCUCACGAAGAGCGAGGCUACUGGAGAUAUCAGUGACAGUUCGGAUGAAGAUGAUUUCAACAACAAAAAGGAAGAGUCAACGAAGAAGAACACAGCCUCCAAGAAGAAAGCGGCUUCGACAGAUCCAGGCAUUGCCAAUUUCUUGUCAGCACUCAGUUCUGCCAAGACCAUGAAUACGUCCACUUCUCUCUCUAAAAUGAACCACAGCAACAAAAAGAAAGAUUCGUCAAAACUCGGAGCUGCUUUUCUCUCGGUCACUUCUACGACGACAAUAACCAGAACCAAAAAGGACGGUUCCACUAUUACCAAGAGUGACACGACUGUCCCGGAUGAGGCUCCAGCAACGCCCACUGGAAAUGACGAGACAACAAAUGGAUCGCCUUCCCACUACAAACCUCUCUCUCUGUCCCCUCGAACCGCAUUUCAUCGAUUUCCCACUUCCAAAGUAGCUGCCGCGCCUCCUGUGCCCAUGCCAGCUAUCGGUAUGUACGACAAUACGCAUCGACACGUGGUAGCCCCACCUCCUCCUGCUACAGUGCCAGAUUAUAGCAUUCCUACUGCUGCUACUACUAAUACUGGCAACAGUCGAUCCAAGAAACGACAAUUGCAAAAGGCACUACGAGCCGGACAAUUGGAUCAGGCACUAGCACAAAACAACACGGCUGCCGUCACCAAUAUGGAUCAAGUGGACCCAACCGCCUACAUUCCUCAACAAGAAACCUAUGCGGUACCCGCCAAUGGGGUGCGUGUUGCUGCCACAACCAUGUACAACCCCAAGGCGGGAACCGAUGUACAAGCCAAUCUGGGGGGCGUCCGGGCACGAGGAAAGAAUCAAAUCAAUCAGCUCAUGGCCAGUGCUGCCAAUUUUGAGCUCCAACAGGCACGACAGGGUGGAAAAACAAACAGUCAACGGGCUGGUGCCAAGAGGAAAUAUGGUUGGUAAGAGGUUAUUAUUACAUUACAUGUAGAAUCGAAUGAAGUCGAAUCAAUCAAUAUGUGGAAGAAUAAUUGACAAAUAUCAAGCGGGGAGGGAGAGCAGUUCGAAGGGGCGCUAGAACGACGAUAUACCAGUAUUUGGUUGCACGGUGGAGUGUGCAAAAAGUCAACAUGACUACGCAUCAUACAUUUUUAAAAAGUGAGUUUUAUGGAUUUAUAAAUGACAAUGACGCCAACUCUAUAGCGCAACUCCCCAGGAAUCAAGUAAGGCGGACUUCCAACGAAGUGAUCCCU